CGAUUGUUUAUGUUCUGGGUUUUUCCUUAAAGAUGCAAUGCCGCUUUUGACUGUGAUUCUUAGCUUGAUGGUUAAAGCCCGAGCUUGUUUCCACUGUGUUUCUCCGCUCCUCCAUUAAAGGUCGAGCUUGUUCUCUCUGCCAUUUCCUUACAGUUCCUUCUGGUUAAAGCUCGAGAGCUCCUUUUUCACGGAGAUUGUCGGUUCUUUCUUCAGAUACAGGAUUUGCUUUUUCGUGCUUCACUCUCUCUCUUCUCUCUGACGAGCCUGGCUUUGAAGCUCGAGCUUUUCUCUCUCUUCUCCCUCUCUCUUCAUCGGCUGGGUUCCAGCGUAAAAAGUUGCAGGUUUCGCAGGUUCUUGCUUUUCGGUUCUCCGAUGUUGUGCUCCUGUUGCGCCGGUUCUGUGACUGAAGUCUAUGGCGAGUUGCAGGUGCGCCAUUAAAGAUCGAGCUCAUUUGGCCGCGAUUCGUUGUACUGCCAUGGAUUUACUGGAGUUAUGUUAAAGAUCGGGCUUCUUUGUUGAGGUGUCGUUGAGGAUCGAGCUGCCAUUUAAGAUCGAGCUUCUUUUCAGGCAAUCUGGUGUACUUUGGUUGCAGGGCUAAGAGUUGUUCAUUUACUGAUGUCUUUGGUGGUUCUUUUGUGGGUUUCGCGUUGAGUCUCGGGUACUGAAGAUGGUCUUGGCAACCUCUUUUGGCGAGGAGUUGCAGGUGUGAAGGAGGCGUAUGCUUUCGCUAAUGAUCGAGCUCCUUUUCCAGGUUCUACUGCGUUACAGGCGGAAUGUGGAAAUAACGUUGUUAUGUAAGGGCGACUUUGUGUUCGAAAGUCUCAUCCACGAUUGACGGAGACUAAAGAUCGAGCUUCUUGCCUGUCAUUUUUUCAGAACAGAACGAAAGUGCUGAGCCUCCACGCUUUCAACCCUAAUUUGAUUAAAGAUCGUGUUUUCUGACGGCUACUACUUAACUUGAUGCUCAAAAGGUGCAAUUCUCUUCGCCUUUAAGUGAUGUGGGAUUUGAACGAGCGGCCUACUCUGCAACUCUUUGCUCCUGUAACAGUGGCCAAGGAUAAUAUGGAAGACUCUGGAACCUCUAAUUCAUCUGUUGUGAAUUCGGCUUCUGAAGCUACAUCCAGUAAUGGAAGCUGCAAUCAAGAAGCAGAGGGCAUGGUUGUGACCAGGCAGCUUUUUCCCGAGUUUGCUACUGGGACUGUGGGUUCUGGGUCUUCACCUUCUUCAUCUUGGUCAAGCAUCCAAUGGCUAGAUGUUGCUGCUUUUGGUGGGACUGUGGUUAAGGAUUUGAACCAGGUGGUGAAGAAGAGUAGGCGUGGUCCUCGGUCAAGAAGUUCUCAAUAUCGUGGAGUGACCUUUUACAGGAGGACUGGGCGAUGGGAGUCACAUAUCUGGGACUGUGGGAAGCAAGUCUACCUAGGAGGGUUUGACACUGCACAUGCUGCUGCCAGGGCCUAUGAUCGAGCUGCAAUCAAGUUCAGAGGAGUGGACGCCGAUAUCAAUUUCAGCCUUGCUGACUAUGAAGAAGAUCUCAAGCAGAUGAGAAAUUUAACAAAGGAAGAAUUUGUCCACAUUCUCCGUCGCCAAAGCACUGGUUUCUCGAGAGGGAGCUCCAAAUAUAGAGGUGUGACACUUCACAAAUGUGGGCGUUGGGAAGCCCGUAUGGGGCAAUACCUUGGUAAAAAGUACAUCUAUCUCGGUUUGUUUGACACUGAAGUCGAAGCUGCAAGGGCAUAUGAUAAGGCAGCGAUCAGGUACAAUGGAAGGGAGGCUAUCACUAAUUUCGAGCUUAGUUUGUAUGAGGGAGAAAUAAUUGGAGAUGGGGAUGGAGCAGGUGGAGGAGGCGCUGAUAACUUGGACCUCAGCCUGGGUAUAUCCCCCUCAAGUGCUCCAAAGGACAGUGACAGGAACACCGAACAGCCAGGCUUUCUCUAUUCUGCAUCUCAGGACAUUGGAGUGAGAACAGACACAGAGCCACAAGCAUGGGGUUCAGGUUGGACCCGGCCAUUGCAUGGCCAUGUGCCAUUGAUUGCAGAUGCAGCAUCAUCAGGAUUCUCACAAAACAAAGGCCUAUUUGUUUUGCCUAAUUUGCGGUAAUUUUAUGCUUGUAAGUUUGCACCACGUGCUGGGAAAAACCACUGGUACCAUUCCCACUUCUUCCUAGCUACUAAGGAAAAUGCUCAAAGUGGUGUUCAUAUAAAAUAUUUACAUAUUUCUACAGUUUCAGGCUUUUCUUUUUGUUUAAGAGGUGAGGAUUGUUCGGUGACACGCUUAUUUCCCUGCAUUUCUCACUACAUAUUGCCACACUCUAACCAAUUUGUUCCCAGUAUCAUAUAUGAGAAUGAAUUUAGUAUACAUUGUUUGUAUUUUAGAGCCUAAUACAUGUCCGACAUUCCUCUCA